CUGCCCCGCGGCGGCCGAGGGUGGGGAUGCCUUGUGGGCGUGAAGGGCGGGCGGGGUGGAGCCAGACGCUCGCGGGAGAUGAGCUGCCGCCUCCACUUUUCCACAAGGAGCGCCUUUCACUGCCCGAGCAAGGCGCCCUCCUCCCUCUCUCCCUGCCGCCGCCGCCGCCGCUGAAAGGACAGGCAAACGCUGCGCGGGGAAGGAGAAGACGAGGGAGAAGGCGAAAGAGGCGCGAAGCGGCAUCUUCAGGCAAAGCGGCCCAUUCCAGGCGCAGGAUGCUGCGGUUGCCGGACGCCGCUCCCGCGGCUCUCAGGGGCGCUCGGCUGCCCGCCGCCGUUGGGCUCACUUUGUGCCUCCUCUGGGCAACUUCGUGGGCCGAAGCUACUGGGCCCACAUACCUGUUGGCAGCUCUUAAGAGCAUCAGGCCUGGAGCAAAUUUGACUAUUGGAGUAGCUAUGCUGAAAAAGAGUCCACAAAAGGUUACAGUCAAAGCUGAAGUGGUCUAUGCAAAUAACACUGUACUACGUGGGGAAGCCAUCUUUAAAAGAGAUUCGGUUGGUACACUUGUUCUUCCAGCUCUCCCCUUGGGCAGUACUCCUGGUGAUUAUGAUUUACUAGUCAAAGGAUAUUCAGAAGGUCGUCUGCUAUUUUCUAACCACACUACCCUUGAAUUUGAGCAAAAGAGCUUAUCGGUAUUCAUCCAAACUGACAAGACUAUAUAUAAACCAGGCCAAGAUGUGAAAAUACGGGUUGUUACUCUGUAUCCUGACCUCAGGCCAUACAAUACUCCUAUGAAUAUAUAUAUUCAUGAUCCUCGACACAAUUUGAUUCAACAGUGGUUGUCGCAGAAUGGAAAACUAGGCAAGAUUGCCAAGCAGUUUAAAAUAUCCAAAUAUCCUGUCCUGGGUGACUGGUCCAUAAAAGUUCAAGUAAAAGAUCAGACACAUUAUCAGACAUUUACAGUGAUGGAAUAUGUGCUACCAAAGUUUGAAGUCUUUCUAGCAACACCUCUGUUUUAUUCUCAGAAAGACAUGAAUUUCACUGGUACUGUCACAGCAAAGUACACAUAUGGAAAGCCUGUGCAAGGAAAAGUAACUGUUGAUUGUUCCCAGUUCUAUGGAAGGAAGAGAAAUAUCACUAAGACAUUUGAGAUUAAUGGAUCUGUGAACUUUACAUUUGACAUGCUAGAGGUGGAAAAUAUAACUUACAACAAUUGGGGUUAUUCUGUGCAUCACCAGAUGCCGGUAGAAAUUACAGCUGUGGUUACAGAAACACUAACAGGAAUCUCCCAAAAUGCAAGUGCUACUGUAUUUCCAAAGCAUCAUGACUACACAUUAGAAUUUUCUGAGUAUCCAGCAGUUCUCAAGCCUAGUCUGAACUUCAUAGCUACGCUGAAAGUAACAAGAAUUGACAACAGUCUGCUGUCAUCUGAUGAACGAAGGAAUGAGAUUGUGAUCACUGCCACAUCCAUAGGGAAUCCUGCUUACUACCCAUAUGGUGAUGGAGGUGAAUCACAGGCGAAUGAGGCAUCUCUGAACCUAAUCUACAACGUGCCAGAAAAUGGGAUUAUUGAGAUUGAGUUUCCAGUUCAAGUUAAUACAACAACACUGCAUGUUAAGGCCAAAUUUCUGGAGAGUGAAACUUCUAUAAUCAUAUAUGGUACAUUCUACUCUGCCACCAUGACUUUUCUCCAGAUUAAAAAAGCAAGUCAGGAUGUAAAGGUUGGGACUCCAUUUGAGCUGAAUCUUCAAAGCAACAAGCCGAUGAACGAGAUCAGUUAUAUGGUGGUAUCUAAAGAACAAAUUGUGGCUGUAGGUAAAGUAAACGUAAACGUUGCAGAAUUCUUUUUAACACCAGAGCAUUCUUGGGCUCCUACAGCAUGCAUAAUUGCUUACUAUGUGAGUGAUGAUGGUGAAGUAAUUAGUGACGAUCUCUGCAUUCCUGUUCAACUCGUCUUUAAAAAUCAGAUCAAUAUGUAUUGGAAUAAAAAUAGAGCUGGGCCUUCUGAGGAAGUCACUCUCAAGAUUAAUGUGACGGAACCAAAAACAACCAUUGGUCUUCUGGUUGUUGACAAAAGCACAAAGCUCCUGGGGAAAAGAAGUGAUAUCACAGAGGAUGCUGUUCAUCAUGAGCUAAGUUUAUAUAAUAGAGGACUUGAUUAUGGUGCAGCCAGAAGUUCAUAUGGUGUCUUUCAGAAUUGCAAACUCUGGGUAUUGACUGAUGCCAGCCUUCCAGAAGAUGAAAACUAUGAAGGCUUUAUGGAUUAUAGCUCAGCUUUAGACUUUCAGCAUCAUCUGGAGCCUGCAAGAGAGUCUGUUGGUUUUGAAAAUCCCCAUAUAAGGACAAAUUUUCCAGAGACGUGGAUUUGGCGUGAAAUCACAACAAGAUCGACUGAAACAACACUGGAUGUCACUGUUCCUGAUACCAUUACUACCUGGAUAGCUAGUGCAUUUAUAAUAUCUGAAAACCUUGGACUGGGUGUGAUGAACACGCCUGUUGAGUUAGAAGUCUUCCAGCCCUUUUUUGUUUCCUUAAACAUUCCUCCUAGUGUUACAAGAGGAGAAGAGAUUGUUUUGGAAGUAAACCUCUUUAAUUAUUUGAAAGAAGGCACUGAGGUUACGGUGACCCUUGAUACAAGUGACACCUUUGAAAUCCUUAUUGUUUCUAAUGAUAUAAAUGCCAUGGGAAACCAGCGAUCAGUAUGGGUACCAAGUGAAGCUGCAAAGACUGUUACUUUUCCAAUCAAGCCAAAGCAAAUUGGAGAGAUUCCCAUCAGAGUGACAGCAAUAUCUCCCAUUGCUUCUGAUGCUCUCUUACAGAAAGUAUUAGUGAAGGCUGAGGGAUUAGAACAGUCUCAUUCAGAAACAAUUCUUUUGGACCUGUCCAAAAGAAUAGGAUUUGAAACAAAAAGACUGAAUUUCACUUUUCCCUCUGAUGUAGUACCUGGCAGUGAAAGAGUGCAAGUGGCAGUUAUUGGAGAUAUCCUUGGCCCCUCUAUCAGCGGUUUGGAGUCACUGAUCAAGAUGCCUUAUGGCUGUGGGGAACAGAAUAUGAUCAAUUUUGCACCCAAUAUUUAUGUUCUGGACUAUCUGGCCAAAGCAGGAGACCUGAAGCCCAGACUUAAAUCAAAAGCUAUGUCAUAUAUGAGAGAAGGAUACCAAAGAGAGCUUCUGUAUCAAAGAGAUGAUGGUUCUUUCAGUGCUUUUGGAAACAAAGACAAUUCUGGGAGCACGUGGCUAUCGGCUUUUGUGUUGAGGACUUUUAUUCAAGCUCAGCCAUUCAUAGAUAUUGAUUCAUCUAUCCUGGAGACAACAGCUGCUUGGAUUGUUAGACAUCAGAAGCACAAUGGGGAAUUCCAGGAGCCUGGGAGAGUGCUGCAUACUGAACUGCAAGGAGGAACUAACAGCUCUGUCUCUCUUACUGCUUAUAUUAUGACUGCACUAUUAGAGUACCAAACAAAUAAGUAUGAUUAUGCUAUAAGAAAAGCAUUGGACUUUCUGGAAUUUAAAUUACGUGAAGGCAUAUCAGAUAAUCAUACGCUUGCCCUUGUGACUUACGCUUUAUCGCUGGCAAAGAGUGCGGAAGCAAAGCAAGCUCUGGAUCUACUGAAUGAGAGAUCAGAACAUCAAGAAGAACUCAGAUUCUGGAUAUCACAAGCUUCUCAACUGUCUGAUUCCUGGCAGCCUCAGUCUGUAGAUAUUGAGGUUGCAGGCUAUGCUGUUUUGUCUCAUGCUAAACAACAGAGAUUAUUAGAGGGGAUCUCUAUUAUGAAAUGGUUAAGCCAGCAAAGAAACCACCUGGGAGGCUAUUCUUCUACACAGGACACAAUAGUGGCCCUGCAGGCUUUGAGUGCCUGUGCAAUGCUUACUACUGGCAUUGAAACAGAAAUGGAUGUAACAGUCAGUCCAUCUAGCGAAAAUGAUCCAGUUGUGUUCAGAAUUAAUAAUGAAAACCGCUUACUUCUCAAGACCAAAGAGGUUGCAGCUACACAGCCAGUGGGAGUUACAGUUUUUGCAAGCGGCCGUGGCUUGGGACUCUUCCAGCUCAAUAUUAUGUACAACGUGAAAAAUUCACAUACCAGCAGGCGGCGUAGAUCUGCACAAAGUCAGGAAGCCUUUGACUUGGAUGUUGUCGUAAAGGAUGACAAAAAAGAUAUAAAUCACUUAACGCUGAACGUUUGCACCAGGUAUUUGGGUGUUGGCUCAUCUUCAAGGAGUGGCAUGGCCCUCAUAGAGGUUGGAUUACUGAGCGGCUUCUCUCUGUCACCCAGUUUCAUGUCAUUAGAUGAUCCAGUUAAGAAAGUGGAGAAGGCGGAAGGCAAAGUCCAUUUAUAUUUGGAUUCCUUAAAUGAAACACAGGUUUGUGUAGACAUUCCAGCUGUGAGAGACUUCAAAGUGGCAAAUACCCAGGAUGCCUCUGUGACUGUGCUGGAUUAUUAUGAACCCAGGAGAAGAGCAGUGAGAAGCUACAACUCCGAAGUGAUGCAGAGUUUGUCACCAUGCACCUUCUGUGAAAAGGAUGAAUGUGAUCUUUGUUCAGCAGAUGGCUCUUCAUUAAUUUACCUCUCUCGUGAACUCUUAAUAGUACAUGUAAGCCUGUUGUAUUGUUGGCUGCUCUAAUGUGGGCAUCUUACCCAUGUUGCACUUCUAAGAGUAUUAUUGAUCUCGCCAUCCUACACAAGGGAAAUCAGGAUGGGGAAGUUCCUCACUUCCACUCAUUGGAGGCAGAGACCUGUCA